CCCGGGCCCGCCCCUCUCCGGAGCCUCCCGGGACGCAGGGAGGAGGGCGGCUGGGCCAGAGCUGCCCGCGGCGCCGCGCUCCUGCACGCUCCGUACCGGCCCCCGCAGGUGCCAUGACUCAGCCGCCCCAGGAGGACUUCGACAGGAGCGUGGAGGACGCCCGCGAGUGGAUGAAGGCCGUGCAGGAGCGACUGCAGGUCAACGACAACACCCAGGGGCCCCGGGCGGCCCUGGAGGCCAGGCUGCGGGAGACCGAGAAACUGUGCCAGUUGGAGCCGGAGGGGCGUGUGAAGGUGGAUCUUGUGCUGCGGGCGGCUGAGACCCUCCUGGCGUGCUGCCAUGAGGACCAGAAGCCCCCAAUCCUGGCCCAGCUGAAGGACAUCAAAGCCCAGUGGGAGGAGACGGUCACCUACAUGAUUCACUGUCACAGCCGCAUCGAGUGGGUGUGGCUCCACUGGAGUGAGUACCUGCUGGCUCGCGAUGAGUUCUACCGCUGGUUCCAGAAGAUGACGGUGGCGCUGGAGGCCCCCGCGGAGCUGCAGGUGGGCCUGAAGGAGAAGCAGUGGCAGCUGAGCCAUGCCCAGGUGCUGCUGCACAACGUGGGCAACCAGGCCGUGCUCCUGGACCGGCUGCUGGAGGAGGCGGGCUCCCUGUUCAGCAGGAUCGGGGACCCCAGCGUGGACGAAGAUGCCCAGAAGAGGAUGAAGGCCGAGUACGGUGCGGUGAAGGCCAAAGCCCAGGACAGAGUGGAUCUGCUGGAGCAGAUGACCCGGGAGCAUGAGCGUUUCCAGGCAGAUGUGGACGAGUUCCAGCUGUGGCUGAAGGCGGUGAUGGAUAAGGUGAGCAGCUGUGUGGGACGCAGCUGCAAACUGUCCACCCAGCACCGGCUCUCCAUGCUGCAGGACAUCGCUGAUGAGUUUCCGAGGGCUGAGACGUCCUUGAGGCAGCUGGAGGAGCAGGCUGCGGGUGUCAUCCAGAACACGUCCCCUCUGGGUGCAGACAGGAUCGCCGAGGAGCUGGAGGACAUGCGCAGGGUUCUGGAGAAGCUGCGAGUCCUCUGUGGGGAGGAGGAGGGCCGGCUGCAAGGCCUGCUCAGGUCCAUGGGAGCCUGUGAGCAGCAGCGGCAGCAGCUGGAGGCCGAGCUGGGAGAGUUCCGGAAGGACCUCCAGAGGCUGGCCGAGGAGGGCCUGGAGCCCACCACAAAGGCAGGAACCGAGGACGACCUGGUGGCCCGCUGGAGACGCUACUCGGCGACACGGAUGGCCCUCGCGGCCGAAGAGCCCCGGGUGGCCCGGCUGCAGGCCCAGCUGAAGGAGCUCAUCGCCCUCUCCUGUGAGUCGCAGCCGCUUUCCGACAGCGUGGUCGCUGCCCUCCAGGAGUUCCAGAGCCUGAAGGGGCAGAGCGCCAAACUUCACAAUGCCACGGGGCUGGAGCUGUGGCAGCGUUUCCAGCGGCCCCUACAGGAUCUGCAGCUGUGGAGGGCCCUGGCGCAGAGGCUCCUGGACAUCACUGCCAGCCUGCCAGACCUGCCCUCCAUUCACACCUUCCUGCCCCAGAUCGAGGCGGCGCUGGCCGAGAGCUCCCGCUUGAAGGAGCAGCUGACGGGGCUGCAGCUGAAGAAGGACUUGCUGAGGAGUAUCUUCGGCCCGGACAGAGCCGCAGCCCUCCUGGAGCAGGUGGCGAGCUCUGUGCGGGACAGGGACCUGGUGCACAACAGCCUUCUGCAGAGGAAAAGCAAGCUGCAGAGCUUGCUGGCCCAGCACAAAGAUUUUGGGGCUGCUUUUAAGCCCCUCCAGAAGAAGCUCUCAGACCUCCAAGACAGGGUCCAAACCGAGAAUGGGCUUCAGCAGGACCUUCCUCGGAAACAGGCCCAGCUCUCGAGGUUGCAGGGGCUUCAGGAAGAAGGGCUGGACCUGAGGGCACAGAUGGAGGCCCUGAGGCCUCUCAUCCAGGGGAACCCCAGCCACCAGCACAAAAUGGACCAGCUUUCCACCAACUACCAGGCCCUGCAAAGAUCUCUGGAGGACCUCACGGACAGGUGCCAGCAGGGCGUGCGGGAGCACUGUACCUUCUGCCACGAGCUGUUGGAGCUGCGGCAAUGGAUUGCCACGGUCUCUCAGAAGCUACGGUCACACCGGGAGGACGCGGGCCCCUGGGACGCCCCGUCCCGAGAAGUCGAAGUCGAGAGGCUGCUGGCUGAGCUCCCGGAGAAGGAGGCCCAGCUGCCCCUGGUCGAAGCGCACGGCCAGCUGGUGAUGAAGAAGUCGUCUCCGGAAGGGGCUGCCGUGGUCCAGGAGGAGCUGGAGGAGCUGGUGGCGUCAUGGCAGGCCCUGAGGCGGCUGGAGGAAAGCCUGCUGAGCCUCAUCAGAAACCGGCAGCUUCAGAGGAUGGAAGUGGACUCGGGGAGGAAAAUGAUUUUCACCAACAACAUCCCAAAGGCCGGGUUUCUCAUCGAUCCCGUGGAUCCUGUUUCCAGGCGUCACCGUCAGGCAAAUCCGCUCCAGGACGAAGGCGGCCAUGAAGGUUUCUCCCGGCUCCAAAGGGACUUCGAGCAGUGGCUGGAGGAGGAAAAUGCCAAGCUGGUUAGAAUCAUCGCCAUGAGAACAGCCACUGCCAAGGAUCUGAGGACCAGGGAGACAAAGCUGCAGGAGCUGGAGGCUCGGGUGCCAGAAGGUCAGCAUCUCUUCGAGAACCUCCUUCAACUCGGGCCAGCAAGGGGGACCUCCAACGACCUGGAGGACUUGCGGUACCAGUGGAUGCUGUACAAGUCCAAGCUCAAGGACUCUAGCUACCUGCUGACACAGAGUUCUCCAGGGGAACCGACUGGAUUCCAAAAGAAUCCGCAGUGGCCGUGGCAGUGGCGGUGGCCGUGUUGGUGGCGAGACCCCCGAGCACUCUUCCGGAAGGCGUGCCGCGUGGCGCUGCCCCUGCAGCUGCUGCUGCUUCUCCUGCUGCUGCUGCUGUUCCUGCUCCCGGUCGGGGAGGAGCCCCGCAGCUGCUCGCUGGCCAACAACUUCGCCCGCUCCUUCCGGCUCAUGCUCCGCUACAGUGGCCCGCCGCCCACCUAACCCGUGGGGGACUCAGGGGACUCUCCUCCCUGACCCUCCGCCGGCCCCCGGGCUGCUUCCCAGCCACCGGCGGGGCCGUCUCAGUAUACAUACCGUAUUAAUGUGCCCCAAAGAAAACCACUUUUUCUA